AUGACUUUAAUGGUGGGUGAUAGGGUGUCGUUUGAUGGAGAGAUUGCGACUGUGCGGUUUGUUGGAAGCAUACCCAACUGGCCUAAUGAGACCGCUCUUGGAGUGGAGUGGGACAGCCCCGGAAGGGGGAAGAACGAUGGAAAACUUGGUGGAGUUCGGUAUUUCCAAACCACUUUUGGAGACAAAUCGGGAUCUUUUGUGAAAGCCUCUAAGGCUAAAGACAGAAGAAAGAGCUUUUUGGAGGCUUUGGUGGAGAAAUAUGGCGAUGCCAAUUCGGUAUCCAGAAUGGUUCAAGACUCAGUCGUGCCGCGGGAAGAUAUAAAGCUCCGCGACGACAUGGCUGAGUACCAAGGGCUUGAAAUCGGUUCGCGAGAUUGGAAGGUACUCGGGUUUCGCAAUUUGAGUCGAAUCACAGCAAAUUUUGAGAAUUUGACACACAUCUCGCUGGACCACGAAUGUAUUUACACUAAUGAAGAUGAAAAAUACGGCAACCAAACCCUUGAACUGAAUAAAAUAUUGCCUGAUGUCCGGGUAUUGAACCUGGGAUUCAAUCUUAUUGACGACUUUUCAGUUGUGCAUUCAAUUGUGUUGCAGCUCAAUAGUCUGUCUGAGUUGAAUCUGAACGGAAACGUGUUUAGUGCGUUUGGUCGAAACCUGGCACCUCUGAAAAAUAUCCACACACUUUCCCUUGCUAGUUGUCAUCUUGAUGAGACCAAUUUAGAAUCUUUGGUAUCUGUUUUCCCCAAUCUACGCCGUUUGAGUCUCUCUACGAACGACGUGCGAAACUGGACUAAAUGUCUGACUGCGCUGGCACGGCUCCCAAAUCUCCACUUUUUGGACGCUUCUUUUAACGAACUUGAAGAUUUUGACUUUGAGACUUUGAAAUCACUUGUCGCUUUAGAAGCUCUCAACAUGUGCGGAAAUAGGCUAGAUUUUAGGGUUCCCUUGAGAGUGUCAUUGGAGAAAAUACGAGAGCUGGACAUCUCAGCCAAUAAUAUUGCAGACUGGAAUGCUGUUGACAAUAUAAACUUGUUGUUCCCCCAGUUGAAGAAAAUACGAGUCAACAACAAUCCGUAUUGCGAAAGAGGUGAGGGUAAAGAAUGGGAAGACGAACUGUUGGUCCAGCUCGUAUCGAGGUUUAACAGCGGUUUGGAGAUUUUGGAUGGCUCGGAGAUUUUAGCAAGUUUACGAGAAAGUUGCGAGCUAUAUUUUAUCGCGAAAGUGAUAAAAGGCGAGAUACCCUACGACGUAAGUCUCGGCAGAUGGCAUUGGUUAGAAAAGCAGUAUGGCAUUGAUAAAGAUGCUAGAAGGUCUCGCAAACCCGAUAACAACGAGAAAUUGUUUGGAGGGAUAUUUCUAAGUGUCGAAGUCGGAGCAAAGCUGUUAAGAAAGUUUGUUCUUCCAGAAUGCACUGUUGGCAAACUGAAGGGAAAUAUCAGCAGAGAUCUCAAGCAGUGCGUCCUGGACUUUGAGAUUGUCUACGACAACCAACCAGCUGGAAUCAAAGAAACUAUGACGAAUGACAUGAAACAACUGGGAUUUUACAAUAUGGAAGACGGGACUCGGAUCAUAGUGCAGUCAAAGGUGGGCGUGAGACGUGAAACGUAA